AUGAUUUAUGUAUGGUUUCUGACAUGUUUCUGGUUUAGUUUGAGCUCCGGCCAGCAGUACUAUGACGAGACAUUAUGUUCUUCGGGUACCAAUAAACCAGGGACAAGGUACACCUGCCGUGCCUCAAGAAAUCCAUGUGAAACUUUCCUUGUUUAUCGUGUUAAUAAUGAGUCUAGAACAAUUGCAAGAAUCUCAAGUUUGUUCAGCAUUGAUUCAGACAUCUUAGUUUCUAUCAAUCACAACGUUUCAGCUUCAUCUCAGGUUCUUGAAACCGGCCAUGAGGUGCUUGUCCCGGCCCUGUGUUCCUGCUCAGGUGAGUUCUCUCAGGCAAACUUCACCUACAGAGUGACUGAAAAUGCAGCACUAUCAGAAAUUGCUUGUGGGGUGUUUGAGGGAUUGGUGAAAUCAAUUACGUUGGCAGAGGAAAAUCAUUUAGCAGAGAACGACAACGUUGUUGCUGGUUCGUUGCUUCGUGUGCCUUUGAGAUGUGCUUGUCCUGAUGAUCUCUCAGGUGGUGAUGAAGUGAAGUUUCUCGUCACGUACCCUUUUGUGGAAGGGGACGACACGUUGAAACUGGGUGAAAAGUUUAACGUUUCUAGCGAGGAAAUAUGGAAGGCUAACCAUAUGGAUCCCACACCAACUGUGUAUCCAAACACAACUGUUUUAGUACCCCUCAAGGACAAACCUUUCAUAAAUUUCAACAUUCCGGUUUCUGACCCUCCAGCCCCUCAGUUUCUUCCCACAAUGCCUGUGGAGAAAAGGGCCAAAUUCUCUCAGCUGAAGAAGCUCUACAUUGCUGCAUCAGUGAUUGGUUUCUCUCUGAUUCUUGCUGUACUACUCGCCUGCGGUUUGUACAUCAAGGCCUUAAAGAAGUUCAAGGCAGAAAACUUUCAUUCUUCGACACAUAGAGUUAGCUCAUUGCACUCGUGUUCGACUCCAAGAAGCUGUCCAUUUUCUGGCCCUCCAACGAGAAGCUCCACGAAUUCAUGCUUGUCCCCUGAUUUCCUCGUCGGCAUAAAGUACUCCAUAUGCAACUACAGCAUGGAAGAGCUGAUACGAGCGACCAAAAACUUCAGCCAAGAUGCUAGGAUCAGCAGCAGCGUUUACAGGGGAGUGAUCGACAACGGUGAGGUGAUGAUCAAACAAAUGAAGGUUGAGGGCACUCGACGAGUCAUCGACGUUCAUUCAAAGAUCAACCAUGUAAAUGUUGUGAAGCUGCACGGUGUUUGCUAUGGUGAGGAUGAUUUCUCAUGGUCUUAUCUCGUUUUCGAGCUCCCUUCCAGUGGCAGCCUGAGGGACUGUCUGUCAGCCUCUUCUGCUGCUCUUCACUGGCUGAGAAGGACUCAGAUCGCCUUCGACAUUGCAACGGGGCUCCACUAUUUGCACCACUCUGUUGUUCCUGCCUACACUCACUUGAACAUAAGUAGCAAAAACGUGUACCUGACCUCAACUUGGAGGGCAAAAGUCGCCGUUUUCGAACAAGAAUGUGAGAGUUCAACGAGCCCGCGUGGGACGGUGGCCACAAAAGAGGAUAUCUUUGCGUUUGGGGUUAUUCUGCUUGAGCUCGUGUCAGGGAGAGAGGCCGUCAAUGGGGAAAUGUUGAGUGAAUCAAUGAGGUUCUUGAGAGGUGGAUGUAAUGAGGGAGGGUGCUUUGAUCAGUUGAGGAAGUUUGUGGAUCCUUGUCUGAAGGAUGAUUAUCCACUGGCAGAGGCCUUGUGUCUAGCAGUUCUGGCUGGAUCUUGUGUUGAGGAUGACCCUCUGCAUAGGCCAUCUAUGGAUGAUGUACUUAAAGUACUUGCAAGAAUGGUGUGA